CCUCCAUGUUCAAGGAACACCGCUUCAUACAUACACUGUUGUUAGCGACACUCAGACAAUUUUAUUUACGUUUAGAGUUUCUCCGAACCUCGCCUCUUGUUCACAUCGGGUGAAUGUACACCUAACGGGUAGCCGGUCGGGAUCCAUUAAACUGGUGCGUCAAGUUGUCGCUGAUGGUGGCAGCAGCUCGCGUCCCUUUGAGUAUGUGUAUACAAUGAAGAGACGYGCAGAAGACCAAGACCCAAUAUUUACACCCCAGCAACAGCAACCACGUCGCCCCCCAGUUCAGUGCAUUGCAGAAAGCUUUCAGCACCGGGCUCUUGCCCCGGCUCCCAGUCCUGUCGUAGAGGCACCUGCAGAAAACAUGCAGCCCUCAACCGGCAUCCAGUAUUCUCUCCCACAAGGCUAUCAGGUGCCUGCRAUGCCUCAAAGCACAAGUGGACAUGGACACAACAGUGCUACUCCUCACAUUAGUCCACAUGCACACAGCCUGGCCGUUCAGUCACAGAGCCCUGCCGUUGUCCAAGGUCACGUUCAUCCACCUGCACCCUUGCCUUCAGCCCAAGGACAGCAGCAGCAGUUUCAGCGACUAAAGGUUGAAGAUGCCCUCUCYUAUCUGGAUCAAGUGAAACUGCAGUUUGGGAAUCAGCCACAAGUUUAUAAUGAUUUCCUUGAUAUUAUGAAAGAGUUCAAAUCACAAAGCAUAGACACUCCUGGAGUCAUCAAUCGUGUGUCUCAGCUCUUUAAGGGCCACCCUGACCUCAUCAUGGGCUUYAACACUUUCCUGCCACCGGGGUAUAAGAUUGAGGUUCAAACCAACGAUCUAGUCAACGUUACCACACCAGGUCAGAUUCACUACAUUACCCCUCAUGGUGUUUCUGUGCAAAACAUCCCUGCAAGUGGGGCAUCCAGCCAACUCCCGAGCCAUCACCAGCACCAGAACCUGCCACAGACUGCGUUGAACACAACCAGUACCCCGCCGCUUGCUACUCAGCCUGCUAUAAACAAAACCAGCAAGCCAGUUCAGUCUCCAGCCCAUACGCCCACCAGCCAGCCCAAUCCAUCCAUCCCAGCGUACGCCUCACCACGUUCACCUUCAGUUCAGCCCCACACUCCUGUCAGCAGCACGCCAACCGCUGGUCCACCUCUGCAGAACAACCAACCAGUGGAGUUUAACCACGCUAUAAAUUAUGUCAAUAAGAUAAAGAAUCGCUUUCAGGGUCAGCCAGACAUUUACAAAGCCUUUCUGGAAAUCUUGCACACUUACCAGAAGGAGCAGCGCAAUGCUAAAGAGGCUGGUGGUAAUUACACACCAGCACUGACUGAGCAGGAGGUCUACACUCAAGUGGCGAGACUUUUCAAGAACCAGGAGGACUUGCUGUCAGAGUUUGGACAGUUUCUGCCUGAUGCGAACAGCUCAAUGCUUUUGGGUAAGGGUGCUCUUGACGGAGCAGAAUCCGUCCGUAACGAUCACGGUCCCACAGUGAAGAGACCCUCYCUGAACAACAAACAGAGGCUGAACCAGAACGGCCUGCCAAUCAGGAGACCCUCUGGGGUUGGUGCCACACCCCCUCCAAAGAAGAAAUCUUUAGUCAUGGGGAAGGGCCAUGGUUUGUCUGAAGUUGGUAAACUCAGUACAAGCACUGAAACGAUGUUCUUUGAAAAGGUGAAGAAGGCUUUACGGAGUUCUGAGGCGUAUGACAACUUCCUGCGGUGUCUGCACAUCUUCAACCAGGAAGUGAUUUCUCGCACCGAGCUCGUCCAGUUAGUUAUCCCAUUUCUCGGAAAAUUCCCAGAGCUUUUUACGUGGUUUAAGAACUUCCUGGGCUACCGAGAGUCCAGUCAUGGAGACCUAGGCCAUGCAGAGAGUUUACCCAAGGAGCGCUCUACAGAGGGUAUUGCCAUGGAGAUCGACUACGCCUCCUGCAAGAGGCUGGGGUCCAGCUACAGAGCACUGCCGAAGAGCUACCAGCAACCCAAGUGCACAGGAAGAACACCGCUGUGCAGAGAGGUUCUGAACGACACUUGGGUUUCUUUUCCAUCUUGGUCUGAGGAUUCUACAUUUGUGAGCUCUAAAAAGACUCAGUACGAGGAGCAUAUUUACAGAUGUGAGGACGAGCGUUUUGAGCUUGACAUUGUGUUGGAAACUAACCUGGCUACGAUCCGAGCUCUGGAGACGGUGCAAAGGAGGCUCUCUCGUAUGUCCGCUGAGGAGCAGGUGCGCUUCAGGCUGGACAACACGAUGGGCGGCUCCUCAGAGGUCAUUCAUCGCAAAGCCAUUCAGAGGAUAUACGGAGACAAAGCUCCCGACAUCAUCGACGGGCUCAAGAAAAACCCCGCCGUGUCUGUGCCCAUAGUUCUGAAAAGAUUAAAAAUGAAGGAGGAGGAGUGGAAAGAAGCCCAGAGAGGCUUCAACAAAAUCUGGCGGGAACAGAAUGAGAAGUAUUACCUGAAGUCUCUCGACCACCAGGGCAUAAACUUCAAGCAGAAUGACACCAAAGUGUUGCGCUCCAAGACUUUGCUCAAUGAAAUUGAGAUGUUGUAUGAAGAUCGCCAGGAACAAGCCUCAGAGGAAACCGCCGCUCCGCCCCCCAGCGCCCCUCACAUGACCCUGACCUACGACGACAGCCAGAUCCUGGAGGACGCCGCYGGCCUCAUCAUCCAUCAUGUCAAACGGCAAGUAGGCAUCCAGAAGGAAGACAAGUUUAAGAUCAAGCAGAUCAUCCACCACUUCAUCCCCGACCUCCUGUUCGCACAACGCGGUGAGCUCUCCGACUUGGAGGAAGAGGAGGAGGAAGGGGACGACGUGGAGACGAAUCUGGACGGCCCCAAGAAGCACAACGGCCUGCCCGGCCGCAGCCCCACCAAGUCCAAGCUCCUGUUCAGCAGCACGGCGGCUCAGAAACUGCGGGGCGCMGACGACGUCUACAACCUGUUCUUCGUGAACAACUACUGGUACGUCUUCUUUCGCCUCCACCACAUCCUCUGUUCUCGCUUGCUGCGCAUCUACGGCCAAGCGGAGAGGCAGAUCGAGGAGGACGCUCACGAGCGAGACGUGUUGGGGCUGAAGAGGGAGAAGAAUGAAAAUCCAGCAAUCCAGCUAAAGAUGAAGGAGCCAAUGGAGGUUGAGGUAGACGAGUACUACUCUGUGUUUCUGGAAAUGGUGCGAAACCUUUUGGAUGGAAACAUGGAGCCGGCCAAUUACGAGGACUCCCUGAGAGAAAUGUUUACUAUCCACGCCUACAUCGCCUUCACCAUGGACAAACUGAUUCAGAGCAUUGUCCGACAGCUCCAGCAUCUUGUCACUGAUGACAUAUGUGCGCGUGUGACCGACAUGUACCUGAGUGAGAGCGCCAGUAAAGCCACAGGUGGGGCGGUCUCCACGCAAACGUCCAGGGCUGCUGCAGAGGGGACGUACCAGCGCAAAGCAGAGCAGCUGAUGUCAGAUGAGAACUGCUUCAAGUUGAUGUUUAUGAAGAAUCGAGGGUCCGUCAGUCUGGCGCUGGAGCUGCUGGACACGGAGGAGGAGAACUCUGACGAGCCGGCUGAUGCAGAAAAGUGGUCGGAUUAUGUGAGCAGGUACCUAACCUCAGAUUCUGCCUCCCCGGAGCUUCGUGAGCAUUUGGCCCAGAAACCGGUUUUCCUCCCCAGGAACUUGAGGCGGAUAAGAAAGUGCCAGAGAGGAUGGGAGCAGCUGCAGCAGGAGAGACUCACCAAAGGCUCCUCGGACAAGUCGCAGGAGAGCAGCAGCGAGCUGAAGAUGAAGUGCAUGUUCAAACUGAACUCCUACAAGAUGGUUUAUGUCUGCAAGUCUGAGGACUACAUGUACAGGCACACAGCACUGUCCCGAGCCCAUCAGUCCCACCAGCAGGUGCACACCCGCCUCCACAGACGGUUUCAGACCUGGCUGGACGACUGGGCCUCGACUCACGUGACGAGCGAGAUGUCUGCCAAAACUCUGAACUGGCUGAGGGGAGAAGGACAAGAGGGCCUGUUGCCGUGCACCACCACCUGCUGCCCCGAGGUCCUCCAUUAUCUCAACAUUAACAAGUACCGGGUGAAGUACAGGACACUGUAGUACUCUCAGUAAACUGUGGCAGUAAGUACUGCCAGACACCUGUCCAUUACUGCACACGGUUGCCAAAACCUUUUGGGUGAUUCACCUGUAAUUCAGAGAGGAUGUACAUUUUUAAUUUUCCACACACCAUCCAGAAUAUUUUAAAACUUUACACGUUUGCUGCAAAUUUUAAAAUUGGGUUUUACACAAGUUGCUCUCUCUGGACUUCCCCCUCGCGUAGAGUUUUCUAUAUAAAUAUGUAAAUGUAUACAGGGGAGGAAAACACCCGAUUUACCCACUCUGUAUUGCAAGUCCCACUUUAGCCCUUUCGUUACUAAAACUCAGCAACUCAAGGACAAGAAAUGUCUUUUCUUUUUUCGAGGAACACUUAAAUGAUUUUAAAGAAAAUAAAAACACGAGAGCCUCAGUUUUUCUCCUGAGGUAACAAGAACCUGUUACCUUUUAUUCAAAUGUUUGUGCUUGGAUUUUGAGCUUAACGUGGCUUCCAGCUGUAAACCUGUAAAACCUGUGAAUGUUCUCUGUUGGUUGUAAAAGUGCAGCAGUGCACUGCUCAUACAGUAUAUAUGUACACAUUUCUGCCACCUGCUUGAUAGACGCUCGGCAUUCGUAACAAUGCCAGCUUAGUGGAUCAAGCACAGUAAUUUAUAUUUUGCCCAAACAGUUUGUGUAAAUAUGUUGUUUAUAUCUAGAUUUUUUUUCUUUUUUUUAAUCAGGUGUUACUGAUGUGUAGCAAACAUUAACACAUAAAGUGUCAAUCUUUAGCCAGAGGAUGCACAGACUUUUAUGAAGAGAAGGCAAACUUAACCCCUUUUUUUUACCAAAGGAAGUUACUCAGAGACAUUUUUAAUUUAUGGUCUGUCAAUUACAUUGUUUAGCAAAAAAUAAAUAAAUACAAAAAUAAAUAAAAGGUUUAAAAAAAACAAAAAAAAGUAAAGCGAUUGGAUCUUCUGUGCAUUUGGACCUGCAGUUUUCAGGCAUCAGUGUCGCGCUUGGUUUUGAGAUGACUGAAUGUAGCUGAGCAACAACUUCUCCUCAUGACACUGCAGUAUGCUGCGUGGCUGCUUUCACGGUACUUUAGAGUACUUUGUCUUGUAUUUGAACUUUGCAAAAAUGGUUAGAAUCUGCGUUUCUCCWAUUAACUGUACACAGGUUUUGACUUUUUAAUCGGCUCGUGUUGCCAGUUAGUAGCUGGUCUGCACGCACAUGUCAGCCGUGUGACUUGUGUACAGUUAAAGGAUCAGGAAAACAAGCAAUAAUUUCCUGUCAGUUUGUAUUUCUUGCUGCAAUACAACUGAGGAUGUAUAUUUAGAAAAACACGAGAGAAAUCGAAACAUUUUAAAUGCCUUUUCUCUUUCCCGUUUGAGUAAAUUUGGAGUUGACCCUGAUGGACGACAGACAUCCACCAGACUAAAUGCUGGAACUUGAACCUCACAGUGAAAAUAACAGGGUGACCGUGAACUCAUCAUUUGGUUUCAUGGCAGGAUGGAAGCAAAACUACAUGAGAUCAUCAUCGGCACCGAUCCUGAUGGGAACCAAAAACUGCCUGAUGAAAUGUUCCAGUAACGGCAGCGGUCAGUAACCCGACCAGCUGCAGACAAUCUUUAAAUAGUUUAAUACUUGGGUUUUUAUUUUUAUAUUCACUGUGUUUGUAAUAGAAAACCACAGGAGGUCCUGGGCGAGCUGAUUGUACAUACAGAUAUUGUUUGUACCUCGUUUAAUGUGUCACUUCUCUUGACUUUUAUGAUGUUGUACAUGAGUGUUAGUAUGGUGUUUGGCAUUAAACUACCCUUUGAACAGACACAA